GCAACAGAGCAGCAGAGCAGUUUACCUGUAAACUUUGUGAUUAUUAAGUUUUACGCGAUUUUGAGGAAAAGUUACCUGAAAAUCAUUCCCGAGCGUUAAUUGCAUGAUUGCGGAUAGUAUUUAUAGAACCUGCGUACGUAGCAACGUCUUAAUACAAAUUUGUAAGUCGAAAGGAAUAGUUGAGGAAGAAAACAAGCCGAAAAAUAGCGAGGCUGAAGCAUUUAAUUGGAAGAAGUGAAAAAGUGUGCCAGCGGGGUUCUCUGGUGACAUCGUGAAUUUUUUGCAACGAAGUAGUAGUAGAAAGAAAUUCGUGCAGCGAAAUAAAACAGCAAAUGUCGUUGUGAAGCGGAAUAGUAGUAAUCAGAAGCAACGCAUCAUCAGCUAAGGCCACAAGAGGAGGAAAAAACCUGCAUGAGCGAAGUAACGCCGAUAAAGAAAAGCAGAAACACAAAGAAGAAGCAACAUCAGCAAUAAAGUGGCCGAAGUAUAAACUCAUAGUUUAAAACGAAGCGUAUUAAAGAAGUUGAGAAAAGUUAAUUUCGCUGUUCAAAAAUUUAACACAUUGUGAGCUUGUACGAAAGAAAAAAAUAUCAUUCAUAUAUUUACAAAAUAUCGAAAACGAAAGCUAAAAAUUAAAGCGAUUACAUCUCGAUUACGGCAACGUCGUGUGUGUUUGUGAAAAUUAUUGUAAUUGCAUAAAAAUUAUAACAAAAAGAACUGACGUAGUGUGAAACGUUUCUCUCACUUUGUGUUUUUGGCAUACGGAAAUCUUUUUUUUUUUAAGAUUCGAAGUAAAACGAUAAAUCAGCAAAUCAAAGCAACUCCUGUGGAAGUUGUAAAAUACGUAUAUAAAAAGAUAAAAAACGUGUUUGGGAGAACUCAUCCAGUAUCAUAUCGUAGUACGCACCAUCGUAGUGCACGAGAAACAAGUAGCAGUGGAGCAAGAACUGACACAUUGCGGCGCAACUAAAAGGGCACGAGCGAAAGUGCCACUUGUCCACUAAUUGUUGUGUAGUUCAUAAGAGCACGUCGAAAAUGAACACCAACAACAAUAAAAGGAAGAAUCGUCCUAGUGGCGUCUCGCGAUAUGUGACCGACAAUCGGCAACAACAACAACAUCAACAACAUCAGCAACAGUCCAACAAGGGGCGUACACAAGUGCAAGGCGUAUAUAAAAAUACGCAUUUUAUACAUGCCGCCACAGCGUUAGUAGGCAGCCUCGUGCAUGUACGACUUCGUUCGGGAAAUAUUUAUGAGGGCGUCUUUCACACAUUUUCGCCAAGUUUUGAUGUGGCACUUGAACUGCCGGUGUGCAUUAAAUCUAAUAAAAUUGAAGAAGAGGGUAAACAUGUGCCGAAUCACAUGAUAUUCCCAUUUGACACAGUGGUAAAUAUUUCAGCGAAAGAUUUUGAUUCGCGGUAUGCAACAACGCGAACGUUCGCAACGGAUGGAGCGAUUUCGGAGAAAUUCAACGGUAUACGUUUCGAGGAGAAAGAGUUAGAGCCUUGGGAUGCGUCCGGGUUGAAUGGGGAUGUCGAUAUUGAAUUGGAUGGCGCGUCCAAUGGCUGGGAUCCAAAUGAGAUGUUCCGACAGAACGAGCAUGUCUUUGGCGUUCAAUCCACGUUUGACGAUUCUCUCUCCUCAUACACGGUUCAGUUGGAUAAAGUUGACUCAGACGAGUUUAAGGAAGCGGAAGCUAAAGCUGAAAAAUUAGCUGCUGAAAUAGAAAAUAACCCUAUUUAUCGAGAGCGCGUAGACUUAGAAAAUGGGGAUGAGGAGUCUAUCUUUGCUGCUGUCGAACGUCCUGGCAGUGAGGUGGAGCGUGAGCGUGAACGCGAACGCGAGCAAGAGCGUGAACGUGAACGUGAGCGUGAAAAAGAAAAGGAGCGUGAACGCGAUCGCGAACGUGAUCGAGAACGUGAGCAACGUGAACGAGAACGGGAUGAACGCGAGCGUAGUAAACGUGCCGGAGGCGGCGUUAGUAAUGGUGGUGCUUUUGAAACUCGCGAAGUUAUGGCGGAGCGCUAUAUAACGAAACCCACGCGUAGCAUUACCGGACCUCCACCUGUUGCCAUGGCAUCUUCGAAUAACAUAACUAACUCGUCGACGGCGGUGGUGUCGUCGCAAACAAGCGGCAAUGGGCCAACACAACGUUCCCAUACGGAUCGUAGUGCUGCCGGUAGUAAUGGCGGCGUUGGUGGCGAAAUUAUGGGUGGUGAACGGCUAAUUAAUGCGCAAUCAUCGGCUUCGUCAACCAUAGUACAACCACAGCAGCAACAGCAGCAGUCGCAACUUCAACAAACGAAUAGCAAUCAGUCACCAGCCGGCGGAAUGACAGGUGGCAUGAAGAGUACGGCAGCGCCGCCGUUGGUAUCAAACCCAAGUAUGGGCAGUGGUUCGGACGGUGGCAACAAGUAUGGCGGUGGUUCGAUGAUGAAGCGCAAAACGGUGCCGCAGGGCAAACAAAUGAUGCGUAAUACACCACCAUCAAACAAUCCCAACACACAAUCGGGCGUAGGUAGUAGCGGUGGAAGUAUGACACAAGGCGGCGGUGGUGGCAAUCAAUCGGUGGCUGCUAAAGGAGGCAGUUACCAGUCGAUGUCGAUGCAAAACCAGUCGUCAUAUCAAAACUUUUCCCAGAUAAUGCAUGGGGCGAAUCAGUAUCGCAACCAAUCGCAUAUGGGCGGGUCGUCGAAGAUAAAUGGCGAGUCUAAUACGAAUUCCGGCAAGCCGAUGCCGCAGCGCAGCAUGCGUCAGUAUCAAGGUGGGCAAAGCAAUUCGCUAAACUAUAAUGACUCACAGAAUCAGAUCUCUAUGGGCAAAUCUCACGGUCCGCCACAUGGGCAGCAGCAGAUUAGCGGACCGAUGAGUGUUAACAAUAGCACUUCACCGCCACUGCAGGUGGGCGGCGGUGGUGGUCACAAUCACGCACAAUCGCAAAGUGGUGCCGUGGGCAUAUCUGGGCCGCCUAACCAGCCGCCACCACAGCCACAGCGGCAAAUGCGCAAUCAAAUGCAGGACUUGCGACAGUUUGCGCAAGAUUUUCAAUUGGCGAACAAUACUUCAACGUCGCCACAACAGCAAUCGCAAGUGCCGUUACAGCAACAGCAGCUGACGCAGCAGCACUUGAAUUUGGGUAAAGGUGCGGGACACCACCCCCAACCGUCGGUGUCGCCUCCACAACAGCAACAGCAGCAGCAGGCACAACAGCAACAAGUCGUUGUGCAGCAACAACAAGCACAGUCACACUUGAAUAUGCAGCACGCGCAGCAACAGCAUCACGGACAACACCAUGCGCCGCCACCGCAGCAGCAAGCGCAUGUCCCACAGCAACAACAGCACUAUGUGCCGUCUCAUUUGGUGCAGCAGCAACAGCAACAGCAAACGCAGCAGCAACAACACGUGCCACCGCAGCAUGUACAUCAACAGCAACCGCAACAGCAACAGAAAACGCAUUUGGAUAGUGGCAACAUGAUGCACUUAUCCAAACAGCACCAACAGCAGCAGCAGGCUGCACAACAUCAACAUCAACACCAGCAACAAGCGCCGUCGCAGCCGACCACACCUUUAGCACAGGAACCUCCACAACAGCCGGUGGCACAACAAGGCAUGUACCACGUGUCGCCACCACAGCAGCCACCGCCGCAACAACAACAGCCACAAUUGCAGCCCAAUUCUCCACCAGUGGCAGAUACUCCACCACAACAACACCAACAGGCGCAACAUACGACACAGCAGCACAAGUUGGACACAACUCCUGUGACAACAGCCACACCGGUGACCAGCGUUGGGGCAACUAACGCAGGCGACAAAGUUACCACGCCCCCUGGUACGGGUACAUCAUUAACGGCGACCAGUGGCACCACCACAACCGGGACGACGACCGUAAAGAAAGCGCAUGUGUUGAAUCCGUCGGCGAAGCCAUUCACGCCUCGCAGUCCUAGCACGCCAAAUCCAUCGCGGCCGCACACACCACAAACGCCAGUGCCGCUGCAGGGCAUUUACUCGACCGGAGCACAUGUACAGGCAGCCAGCCAAACACCCAUGUAUGUAAUGCAGUCACAACAGCCCGCAUUCCAAGCACCGACUCAUCCACAAGCCGGUCAACAGCCGCGCAUGCGCAGGGGCAAUUACGGACCGAUGGCGGCAUCGCAAACACAUGUUUCGGCCACAACGGCUACGGGACAACCUUUGCUGGCAGCUGCGCCCAUUCAACAAUUUAUUCAUUAUCAACAGACGCCCCAUGCACCACAUUUCCAAUCGCAGCCAUAUGUAAAUGUUCGCAUGUAUGAACCGCCCCCACAGCAAUUGCAAUUCAUAACGCAAACUCCGCCAUCAACUACGCCCUCACCAGGCCAACCACAUCAGACGUUCCAUCCACCACCACAGCCUUCCCCUGCUGGCGGCGGCCCACAGCCUGCAUUUACCACACAGACCCAGCAGAUGUAUCCGGUCGUCUACCCCGUCUUACAUCCAACCCAAAUUAUGCCGAAUCAUUACUACUCGGCAACGCCGCAACAUCACCAGCAAAGCCAACCGUUUCAAAUACUGAUGCAACAACAUCCGGCGCAAUAAAGCAUGCCCAAAAUAUUAAAAUAUAAAAUAGCGAGGGAGCAACAUAGAGAAGGAUGAUAAGCGGGUGUACUGAAAACGAUGGGAAAGGGGACGAAAACGCGUCAUUGACGAAUUAGUAUAAAAAAUAAAUAAAAAGGUGUAGCGUCGGCGAAUUAUUUAUGUCUUACUACAGCCGCUAUGCAACAUCAGUCAACAAUAAUAACAAUAAAACGAAUGCUGCAGGUGCCCCGAAUUAUUGAUAAUUAAUUAGCCACAAAUUGCGGGAAGUUAUGUGAAACUUUAUAAAACUAAACUCUUAAAGAAGGAAAAAUGCAAUAGCAGAAAAAGCGCUGAAUGUUUGCCAAAGCCAUUUUUCUUUUGGUGUAAGGCGGCUUUUCUAUGCUUGUGCUGAUGCCAGUGUGCUAAUGCAGUCCGCUGCCAGAUCAAUUUGGCGUUAAUGCAAUUGAAAUUUUUUAACUGCCCUUGCUUGCCUUGUUUAUGCUUUAAUAAGUAAAAGAAAAGAAAAGGAGAACGAAACGAAAACAUUAGGAAAUUCUUUACAUAUUUCUUAGCAGCUUGAACAAUGCACACUACUGGGUGCUGUUAGUGAUACAUUUGUUGCGUUAUAUUCAGUACAAGAAACGCGGCGGGCGCUUGGGCGCUGACAGGCAUUCUGCAUACGAUUGUCCCAACUUAUUGUUAUUGCUGUUGUCAUGGAUGUUGCUGUAUUGUUUAAGCGGAAUUGAAACACAAAAAGGCAAAAAAUAAAACAUUUAAUGAAAUCUAAAUUAUUUCUAGAUUGCAAUUUUAAGCAUAUUAAAAAACAAAA